AUGGGGGGUGCCUCCACUUCGAUGCCCGUCGUUGCACCUGAGUGUUUGUUGGAGUAUCGGCCAGCCGGUCCAGUUGGGGCAUUCACCUCAACUCAUCCAUCUCCAGAUGUAGGACAUGAGGGGGAACCGGAUCAGGUGGAAAAUGCUAUGCAAGAGAAUGAUUCCGAUGAAGAGCCUGCUGACAUUGGAGGGGACAACGAUGAUGAAAUUUUGACAAACCCAGCAAGAUGUCAACCGACGUCAAGUGCCGGCACACAUGAGCAACCUGCACAUUAUUCUACCCUGGAUCUGGGAGCCAUCAUCCAACCGACGGAUUCAGCACCAACCUUUGGGGGUCGAGGCUUGCACGAGAAAAACUCUGUAACUGAAUUUCAAGUUGGCCAAUCUUUCCAUAGUAACAAGGAAGCUGUGCUUACUAUAAAGGAUUACAACAUUCGGCGCGGAGUUGAGUAUAGAGUGAUGGAGUCAGAUCAUCUUAAGUACCAUGGAAGAUGCAAGGAGUUUGGGAAAGGUUGCACAUGGAUGAUUCGCAUCAGCCUUCGAGCACGGAAGGGAACCUGGGAGAUAUUUUCUCUGGUUCGAGCCAAUGCGGCGGUAUCGAUAAAGGUGUUGCAAGAAGCUACCGAAGGAAUGUACGGGUUCAAGCCAAGUUACAGGAAGACGUGGUUGGCAAAACAGAAGGCGGUAGCACAGAUAUACGGGAAAUGGGAAGAGUCCUACGCCGAGCUACCUCGUUGGAUCCUUGGUGUGCAGUCCACCAUGGAGGGGACGGUUACGUUGUUGAAGACAUCUCCAGGUCGCGUGGGUGAUGACGUGGAUGACUCAACCGUGUACUUUCAUCGUCUUUUCUGGAUGUUUCCUCCUUAUGUUGAAGCUUUCCGACAUUGCAAGCCAUUGGUAAGCAUAGACGGUACUCAUCUGUAUGACAAGUAUGGAGGGACUUUGCUCAUGGCCAUCGCUCAAGAUGGAAACUCCAACAUCUUGCCUAUUGCUUUCAGUCUCGUGGAGGGAGAAAAUACCGAGUCUUGGUCUUUCUUUCUGACCAACCUGCGGCAACAUGUGACUCCGCAACAGGGGAUACUGGUCAUUUCAGAUAGGCACAAUGGCAUCAAGGCUGCACUAGAGAACCCGAACAGUGGGUGGUUACCCCCGCUUGCGUACCGAACAUUUUGUAUUCGGCAUAUUGCAGCUAACUUCGCACUCAGUUUCAAGGGCACGGACGCAAAGCGUUUGCUUGUGAAUGCUGCUUAUGCGAAGACUGAGGCAGAGUUUCACUAUUAG